CACAACUUCGCAAUUCAAACUUUAGAUUCUAUUUCCCAACAUUCAGCGAACGAGUUCUUGAAGAGAAGAAAGCAAAAGUUUCGAGAUGGCACGUACAAAGCAAACUGCUCGUAAGUCUACUGGAGGAAAGGCACCAAGGAAGCAACUUGCAACCAAGGCUGCUCGUAAGUCUGCACCAACUACUGGUGGUGUCAAGAAGCCCCAUCGUUAUCGCCCUGGAACUGUUGCUCUUCGUGAGAUUAGGAAAUAUCAGAAGAGUACCGAGCUUUUGAUCAGGAAGCUCCCCUUCCAGAGGUUGGUUCGUGAAAUUGCUCAAGACUUCAAGACUGACCUUCGUUUCCAGAGCCAUGCUGUUCUUGCAUUGCAAGAAGCUGCUGAGGCAUACCUUGUUGGACUCUUUGAGGACACCAACUUGUGUGCCAUUCAUGCUAAGCGUGUUACAAUUAUGCCCAAGGAUAUUCAGUUGGCUCGUAGGAUCCGUGGUGAACGUGCUUAAGGUUGUUGGAUUGGUGCUGUUUAGAUGGGUGGCUGCUGAUAGUGUUUUGUUAUUGAAAUGCUUAGUUGUUUAGGGAAAUAUGGUUUAUUUGUAGACUCUGAUUAAUUGUGAUGAUAGGAAUAUACUAUCUUAAUUUUAGAUAUUGGGUUGUAUUUGCUUUCAACGACUUUGAAUUUGUUAAAUGUUCUUGUUCUUACUGGUAUGUAGCCACUCUGGUUUUUGUAUUUUGGACACGACUUGUUGCCAUCUAAACCAGUAUUAUUAGCUUGUGUAUAA